AUGUGGCUGGUCCAUGCUUGUGACUUGGCGUCAGAUGCUCCCAUGCGGCAGGUUCAUGCGUCCACGAUGGUGGCAGCCAGCGGGGCCGCAGCAGCCGGCACAGUUGGCGGGGCAGCAGCCAGCGGGAUCACGAGGCAGCAGCAGCCGGCGCAGCUGGCGGGACAGCAGCGGCUGGCGAAGUAUCAGGUGGAGUUGCGGCCGGUGCAUGUGUCCACGAUGGUGGCAGCUCGCAGGGCAGCAGCUAGCGUGGUGAAGCAAGGUGGGGCGAGGUGGGGCGAGGUGCCAGAAGGUGGGGCUAAUGGGUCAUUUGGUGGAGGGGCAGUGACGAUCUGCGCUGCACCAACCUCAUGUCCCCCCAGAGGCUGGUUGUCGCAUCGCAGAGCCUUGCAUGUCUCGCCUGUGAGUGGCCCUCUCUCAUCUGUGCCCGGCCUCACCUCCCUCACGCAGGCAUGUGGUGGGUCACCGAGCCUUGCAUCUGCCGCCUCGGAGUGGCCCUCUCGCGCUUACCACGCCUCACCUCCCUCUCUCUCGCUCACAACGGAGGCUCUCCCCGAAUUGCUCUCCUCCCUCACCACCCUUCGCCAUCUCGACCUCUCCCACAACCGCCUCUCCUCUCCCGCCCUCCACCUCACGUCCGCCCUUCCACACCUCCAGUGA